AUGAAGGCCUCUCAAUUAAUCUCCGUCUCUGCUCUUGCUGCUACCGCUUUAGCUGUCGAUGCUGCUGAAAUCGAAUUCCUUACCGUUUUGGUUAACGAUUUAAAAGCCAACGAAGCUUCAUACUUAGGUUACGUUGCUACUGCUACUGGUGUCCCAGCUGGUGUUACCGCUUUGGCUUUGGAAGUCCAAACUUACACUGAUGACUCCUACACCACUUUAUUAGACUCUGGUAACAUUGAUGUUGCUGCUAUUGAAUCUUUUGCCAAGGCUCUCCCAUGGUACUCCAGAAUCGAAGCUGCACUCACUGCAGAAGCUGAAACCACUGCUGCUUCUUCUACUGCUGCUGCUUCUUCUGCUGCUGCUUCCAGUUCUGCUGUUGAGACUUCUGCUGCCGAAACUUCUGCUGCUUCUUCCGCUGCUGCAUCUUCAUCAGCUGCUGCAUCUUCUUCAGCUGCCGUCGUUUCUACUGCUGAUAGUGGUGCUUCCAACUCUGCCAUUGGUGUCACUUUAUUGACCGUAGGUUCCUUAAUUGCUUGUUUAUUCUAA